AUGGCUGCCGUUGCUUCUCUCUCUUUCUCUGCCCUGAGUCAAUGUUCUGAUAGAAAAUCGGUAAUCUCUUCUACUCGGAAUUUCGCUUACAACUCCGAAGGUCUCCGGCUCCGUACGAGCUUUUCCUGCAAUAAUGGUGGUGUUCGAGCAUCGAGUUCGAGUUCUCGUAUGGUGAUUCAUUGCAUGUCAGGCGCGUCAUAUGCGCCUACUGUAGCUGACACAAAGUUGAAUUUUCUUAAAGCGUAUAAGCGACCAAUCCCUAGUGUUUACAACACUGUGCUGCAGGAGCUGAUUGUCCAACAGCAUUUGAUUAAGUACAAGAAGUCAUACCAGUAUGACCCCGUGUUCGCCCUUGGUUUUGUCACUGUAUUUGAUCAACUCAUGGAUGGAUACCCCAGCGAUGAGGAUCGAGAGGCAAUCUUCCAAGCUUACAUCAAAGCAUUGAAUGAGGACCCAGAGCAAUACAGAAUUGAUGCACAAAAGUUGGAAGAGUGGGCUCGGGCACAAACUUCCAGUUCAUUAGUUGAGUUCCCAUCCAGAGAAGGAGAAAUUGAGGGGACAUUGAAGGACAUUGCAGAAAGGGCAGCAAGCAAAGGAAGUUUUAGCUACAGUCGUUUCUUUGCUGUUGGGCUCUUUCGUCUUCUCGAAUUGGCAAAUGCAACUGAACCAACAAUAUUAGAAAAGUUAUGUGCAGCCUUAAACAUUGACAAAAGAAGUGUGGACCGGGACCUUGAUGUGUACCGCAAUCUGCUCUCCAAGCUGGUUCAGGCAAAAGAACUUCUAAAGGAAUAUGUGGCCAGGGAGAAGAAGAAAAGAGAAGAAAGGGUUGAAAAUCAGAAGGCCAAUGAAGCAGUUACAAAAUGA